UUAUAAGUGUUUGCUGACACUAGCGUGUUUUUAUAACAAAGUUGUUGCUUCCAGUGACAUCCGAGGCAAGCUUCCCUUUCCACAUAAAUUCAAGUUACAAGGGUCUGCAGGAAAUGGCUAAAAUCUCCAUCUUGUUUGUGGGGCUGUGGCUACUAGUUAACUGGGCAGGGUUGUUGGAUGCAGAACACAUGAACAUGAAGUACAAGGACCCUAAACAGUCAAUUGAUACCAGGGUUGAGGAUCUUGUUAGCCGGAUGACCCUUGAGGAGAAAAUUGGCCAAAUGUUGCAGAUUGAACGCAAGUAUGCAUCUGCUGAUUUGGUUAAGAAGUACUUUAUUGGGAGUGUAAUGAGUGAGGGAGGGAGUAUUCCAGUUCCACAGGCUUCUGCUGAAACCUGGAUUAACAUGGUGAAUGAAUUUCAGAAGGUUGCUUUAUCAAGCCGGCUUGGAAUUCCGGUGUUUUAUGGGAUUGAUGCCGUUCAUGGCCACAACACUGUUUACAAAGCUACUAUUUUUCCUCACAAUAUUGGUCUUGGAGCUACCAGGGACCCUGAACUAGUUAAGAGAAUUGGAGCUGCAACUGCUCUUGAAGUUAGAGCAACAGGAAUCCAAUAUGUUUAUGCACCUUGCAUAGCAGUCUGUAGAGAUCCAAGAUGGGGUCGGUGUUAUGAAAGCUACAGUGAAGAUCCUAAACUAGUUCAAGCUAUGACUGAAAUCAUACCAGGAUUGCAAGGGGACAUACCCGAUAAUUUACCAAAGAGUGUCCCUUUUAUCAGUGGGAAAGAAAAAGUUCUAGCUUGUGCUAAGCAUUACGUGGGUGAUGGUGGAACAAUCAAUGGGAUUGAUGAGAACAACACUGUUAUAGAUAGAGAUGGAUUGAUGAGAAUUCACAUGCCAGGUUACUUCAGUUCAAUCAGCAAGGGUGUGGCCACCAUUAUGGUCUCUUAUUCCAGUUGGAAUGGAGUAAAAAUGCAUGCUAACCAUGACCUUAUUACUGGCUUCCUCAAGAAUACUCUCCAUUUCAAGGUAAAAUAAUUUGUUUGUUGAAUAUGUUGGAAAAUCUUAAAUUUCUAGAG